CGUGAAGUCUCUGAUAUAAGUACAAGUCACUGUCGCUAACGGCUCUUCUCCUGAUCCUUACCUAGUAUUCAAUUCUUGAUGUAAAGCACAUACUGAGGUCAAUCAACGACGCGACAACUCAUUGACACUCACAUAAAUGACUACUCUUUCUACAGUAAUGAUUCCCAGAAAUUAAAUGACGAGAACCACGAUUGAUGCAAGAGCCGGAACACAGCAAUCCGACUUCAAAUACAUACAUCUUCUUCUAGAAAGUCCAUUGAUUUGACUUAUUCAAAUACAGCAGCGAAAGGCAUUAUCUAGCUGAUUUCAGACACCCCUGGAGAGCAAGGAAUUUGACUUGAAACCAAGGUGUCAAAAUUAAUUAAUCUAUAGGCAUACUAAGUUAGACCAACUUUACAUACGUCUUUUUGUCAUUUAGGAUAGAAGUCCUAAGCUUUCUUACUACAUAGACACAUGCAAGGUAGAUACUACCUACGAAGACUUGGACCCCAAAGCCACCAAGUAUUUCCGGGGUUUUAACCAAGUUAACUGCAUUCUUGCUAGCAAUAUAUUUUCACGACCAAGAUCGCGUUGUCUGUCCUGCACUGGAUAAAUCAUGCAUAAAACACUCAAUGACUCGCAGUGCAACCUUUCUAUAGGUGCAAAGGAGUUGCACGUUCUUCGAUAGCUCUUCUUACUCGCAGCAAACCAGAAGAAAGCCCUCAACUUCACUCAAAACUUGGACUUUGGAAAACAAGUUAAUGGUGCUUCUGUCCUGUCGACAAACACCAACGCUCGAAGCAUCAGCGUCACCUAUUAGCAAGCCAUUCAUGUUCAAAGGAUCCAUGGACAAUUAGUUUGGGCGAGAGCAUGAUAAUUCGGAAUUAUUGUCAUUACUUCCCAGAACGAUUGAUUCUUGUUCAUACUCAGAUCCAGCGACGUGGCCAUUGCAGCCGAUAACUCCCGCACAGUUCAAUUGGCUUUUCUUCAUUGCAACACAAAAUCUCUUGAAUCUCAUUCCAAUUGUCUGGGUUCUCUCAUUUAUCCGUACGUCAGUGUUGAUGGCCACAUGUGGUUGGCUACCAUCGUCUGAUUGGUCGUUGCGAUUCCCUUUUGGAACGACCCGACUAAUACGAAAACACCAAGCACAUCUAAUCUGUGCAAAUAACAGGUUACGACUUUGGUUUCUUUUCACCUGUUAAGAUUCGUCUCUGAUUUAAUGAUGUUUGCUCUUGGAGUGAAGAGUCAAUACAGCAAUGUCUUGUUCAUUGUGAGAGUCAACCUCUGUCAUCACCACAACCCAUGCUCGAGAAGCCUCGUCACCCUCGGCUCUUCAAGCCCAUGAUCGUCAACUAUACUCAGUUGAAACCACUUGCUAACUAUAUACCCCACUCACACGCCACGAGCAAGAGUAACUACUCAUAGCGAACGAAGGAUGGCACAUGUUUGCCGCCGCCGCAGCCUUGCAAGACCCUUGAAACUCUAUCAACUCUGAACAUGUGCUUCAGCUAUUGGCUCCCACCUCCAUCACCCACCUUAUAGCUCAUACCUAGAGUGAGCCCUGGCGGCGGGGUUAUCGUGGCUAUCUGGUGGGGUUGAGCAGAUCAACAGGGACCUUUAUACACAUGAGCAAGUAGAUUCGCGUUGAGCACAUCGUGUGCGAGGCGUCAGAGCUGCCGACUACGUACAAUGGCCGUUGUACCGAGACAAUGUACCCGAAUUGGUUUUCGAGCCAGGUCUCCUUGGUUGUCAACUCGCGUGCCUCGACCUAUAUAUCCCUGGCUCGCCGUGUCCUUGUUGCUCGAUUUUUCAUCUGUCUUCAACUUGAUCGUGUGAACAGCUUUCAACACUGCUUCAAUAGCUCCCUUCUUUCAACACUCAUUCUCUCAUCAUACAAUGAGAGAGUAUCAUGGCUUCUCAUGGUGGUAACAUGUUGUCCUUGGCUAACGCUCAGUCUCUUCUGGUCGGCAUCGUUGCUACUGCUCUCAGCACGCUCUGCCUCACCUCAAUCUUCUCCAGUAAGAGUCAGGACGAAGCCCCGGGCCUAAUUAAAUCUUUCUUCCUUUUCUUCUACUCCUCCUUCAUCAAACCCCACCAGGGCGGCAAAAAGGGCAAUCAACAAGAUGCCCUUGAGAGCUUCUACAAGAAGCAAGCCGGGGCUUAUGAUGCUACCCGAAAAGUCCUCCUUCGUGGUCGUGAGGACAUGCUGGCUCUUGUUGCCGCGCAGAUCCAGGCAAAGCUGACGGACGAUGCGCCUAAGAAUGGCAACAAGAACAAGCGAAUCUGGGUUGAUAUUGGCGGUGGCACUGGCUUCAACAUUGAGGCCAUGGGCGCAUUCGUCGAUGUCCCAACCUUCUUCUCGAGCGUAUACCUCGUCGACUUCUCCCCUUCUCUCUGUGAAGUGGCACGAAAGCGAUUUGAACGCCUUGGCUGGAAGAAUGUCAAGGUUGUGUGUGAGGACGCUCGCAAGUUCCGCCUUGAGGAUUAUGAAUCUGGGAUGCCUUUAAAGUCGAUUCCUCCUCGUUCCCCUGCUCUGAGCUACUUUGACAAGCCUCGCCCUGACUUUGGUGGAGCGGAUUUGAUCACCAUGUCUUACAGCUUGUCCAUGAUUCCCGACUACUAUUCAGUCAUUGACUCUGUGAUUUCUCUUCUCUCACCCCAAGGUAUCUUGGGAGUGGUAGACUUCUACGUCCAGAACCAGGUUGACUUUGCCUUCCGAAACUACACUGGUGGUCUUGUCGAUCGUCACGUCAACUUCUUGUCCCGAAGCUUUUGGCGCUCUUGGUUCGAUCUUGACCGGGUUGGUCUUGAGCCCAGUCGCCGAGAUUACCUCGAGUACAAGUUUGGUACUGUCCUUAAUGUGAACACUCGCAACAAGGGCCUCGGAGCUAUCCCCUACUACAUCUGGCUCGGAUGCCACAAGAAGCCUUUCUCGUCGUCUAGUCUUCCCCACGAGAUUGUUGAACGCAUUGACGCCCUGGUUACAGAGUCCCCUUACCUGUACCCUGCCAACCACGGAGAUGCCCUGACUCGAGCCAUUGAAAGGUCUGCUCCUGAGAUUCGAUCCAAGGCGUUCCUCACUGCAGUUCAGAAUCUGUCUUCCAACCUCCCUCUCCCCUCGUUCUUCUACCAGAACCACCAUUGGCGCAUCUACUACGAUGAGCAGCUCCCCAAGCACACUCAGUUCAAGGACGAGUACAUCUAUGCUUUCACUUGGGAGGACACUCGUGUUGAUGAACGCCUCUUGAAGCUCGGUGCUGAUGACAAGGUCCUGGCCAUUACUUCUGCUGGUGACAACAUUCUCUCGUAUCUCCUUCAAAACCCUGCCCGUGUUCAUGCUGUCGACUUGAACCCCACCCAGAACCACCUGCUCGAACUCAAGGCUGCUUCUUACACUGCCCUCCCAUAUGAGGAUUUCUGGAAGAUCUUUGGAGACGGAAAGCAUCCUCACUUCCGUGAGUUGCUCAUCACCAAACUCUCUCCUCAUCUUUCUGGCCGCGCAUUCCAGUACUGGCUCAAGAACGUCCAUGUCUUCCAGAACAGCAGUGGUUACGGUCUUUACGAUACCGGAGGUUCUCGCCACGCUAUCCGUGUCUUCCGUUGGAUUGCCCGGAUCUUUGGUCUGCAGAAGGCUGUGAAGCAGCUCCUUGAGGCGAAGACUCUGAAUGAGCAGCGAGAGAUCUGGCGACGAAAGAUCCGCCCCGCUCUUCUCUCUAAGCUUGUCUGUAAUCUGGUUGUCUCUCAGGAGAGCUUCCUCUGGGCUGCUCUUGGUGUUCCUAAGAACCAGCUGGCCAUGAUUGAGGCUGAUCACGCCGAGUCGGACCUCGUGAAGGGUCCCAAGCCUGCCGCCAAGAACACUCGCUCUCAUGCUAUUUGGCACUACAUGGUCAACACUCUUGACCCUGUCGCUGAGGAGACUCACAUAGCUGCUGAUAACCCUUACUACUAUGUUUGCAUGGAUGGCAAGUUCUCUCCCAAGUGUCACCCUGAUUAUCUCAGCCCCAGGGCCCACGCCAAACUCUCUCGCCCCAAUGCUCUUGAUGGUCUCCGUAUUCACACUGAUGAGCUCGAGGAGGUCAUUGCACGCAUCACCCCCGGUACUCUGACUGUUGCCGUCGUCAUGGACAGCAUGGACUGGUUCGACACUGGAUCUCGGGCCGCUGCCGCCCAGAUCACUAAGCUUAACCGAGCUUUGGCUAUGGGUGGUCGUGUGCUGCUCCGUUCUUCGGCCUUGACCCCAUGGUACAUCAAAGAGUUUGAGGCUCAUGGCUUCUCACCUAAGCGACAUGGUGCUCGCCUCGAUGGAGCCUGCAUUGACCGUGUCAACAUGUAUGCUAGUUGCUGGAUUUGCACCAAGUCGGAGAACUUGCCUCCUCCCACCCCCGAGAUGGAUCGUGCUGGAGGCUCUGAGAUUACUUCUUUGACUAUCUAACUCGGACAGCUGGAUUGGACUGAGAUAAGGAUUUGAUAUCGCGGAAAUUAGUACAGAACAGAAUAACGAGCUUGAACAAUAAAAAUUGAUAUUGCGCAGCUGCUUCUUAGCCUUCAUCCUGCUAGACUCUGAAAGCGUUGGCAAAGCCUAC